AUGGCGGAGGACUUCGCUGAACUCAUUAUGACAGGUGUUCCGGCCAUCACUGAGAAUUACGAGAAAGUCUAUGACCCCGUGAAGGACAAAGCCAGAGCUGGUUUCCACAAGGUCAGGAAGAUGAGGAACAACGGCAGAGGCGGUUAUGAGGAGUAUUCUACCGAGGAAGAGGACUAUUAUGAGCGUCCGAGACGCUCCCAAACCGAUGGCUACCGCAACCGCCGUUCGGACCGUGACCGCGGAGAGGUCGUGGAGUCGAGGCGAGUCAUUCGUGGAAGUGAUGGUCGCACAAGAUCUGUGGGUCGCGAUGGUCGAGACUACCGAUCAAGAGGCAGUCGUAGGGACUAUUCCGACUCCGAAGCUUCACUCUCGCCACCGCGCCGAAGCAAGAGCAAACGCCGUCAGUCUCUCGGGGAUCGGGCACUGGCUGCCUUGGGUCUUGGAGCCGGGGCUGGCGCGGUAGCUGAGGGCCGAAGACGCCGGUCGCGCUCGAGCUCUUCCUCUCGAUCCCGUGACCGGGAGCGUCGUCGCAAUGCUGAUCGUCCUCGCUCAAGCCGAAGUACUGCUGCACCUUCCUCUCGCGGCUAUGAUCGAGGAUACGACGACGAUCGUACCCCUGCACGAUACAAGCCUGCUGGCUAUAUUUCCAACGGGAGAAGUGAAAGUCUGCAUGGCGGGUCCGGUAAUCAAGUGGCUCGCCGUGAUGGUAACUCGACCGUUGCUGGACGCAGCAAACGCUCAUCAUCUCAAUCCUCGUCGUCGUCUUCCGAUGUUUGCUCUUCCAGCGAAGAUGAACGCCGUGCUCGUAAGAUGAGAGGGAAAGAAUGGUUGACAGCUGGGUUGGCUGCUGUGGCCACAAUACAUGCAGCACAUGGUGUAUACAGUUCCAUGGAAGCUCGAGACAAACGCGCCAUGGAAGUUAUGAAGGGUGAAAUGUCACCCGAAGAUGCUCGAAAGAAGAAGAACAAGGCUCGGGUACAAGAUGCAGCGGCAAUCGGUAUUGCAGCUCUCGGCAUCAAGGGUGCAUACUCCGAGUGGCAAGAAGUGCAGGAAUCGCGAAAAGAAAUGGGUGAGUUGGAGAAGGAAAAGGAGGAGAGGCAUCAGAAAAGGUUGAAGAAGGCAGAGAAGUACGGGCAUUACAAAGGGCAGCGAGAGUCCAAGGUCAAAUAG